CAGCUGAAGGCGGUGGGCAUGGAUCCGGACAUUUCCCUCUUGGUCCAGUGCCCGGUCGCGGGUGAGCUGACACAGGCCCAGGUCCGAGUGGAGAUCUCCUCUGAAUGCAACCGCCGGGUCCUGCGGGGUCACGAGCAGAAGAUCGCCCACAUCUGGCAGCAGAGGAAGCAGGAGAAGCCCUGGCUCUUCAACGGGGCCAAGUUCCGCGUUCACUCGGCGACGCUGGAGGGCGAGAGGCUGCUGCUGCGGCUGGGCCUGACCUGCUACCGGGACUACCUGGGGACGAACUGGGCCCCGGAGGCCCAGCUCCUGCAGGAGCAGGGGGCGACGGACUACAGUGACAGUCAGGCCUACCUGGCGGAGCCCCUGGGAGUCGGGGCCAUGGUGCACACAGCUGACGACUGCUUUGUGUUCCUGAGGAGGAGCGAGCUGGUCGCCGAGGCGGCUGGUCAGGUGGACAUUCCAGGUGGCCACCCAGAACCCAAGGCGGCUGCAAAAGGAGUUCCAGAAGAAUCCAUUCAGCCGAGGCACUUGUCCGGGGAGCUGGUUGUUCAGGAGAUAUUUUCCUCCAUUUUGGGCGAGAUCCGUGAUGAGGUAAACAUUCCUCUGGAAAGCUUAAGCAGGCCGCUGCUGCUGGGGAUCGCCAGGAACAACAGGAGCGCCGGACGGCCCAGUGCAGAAUUUUAUGUCAGGUGUAAGCUGACAUCGGAAGAGGUGCGGGAGCGUUAUCGCAUGGGGGGUCCUGAGGCUCAUGAAUCGACCAGCAUCAUCUUCAUCCAGCGAGAGGACGUCUUGAAGCUGGAAGAUGCCGCGGAAGGUUGGCGAGAGCUGUGCCCCUCGGCCAAGGGUGGCGUAAAACUCUACUCGCUCGUGCACCCCCGAAUGUCUUGAGUCUGCGGCGAACGGGCACGAGAAACGUUGAGCGCCAACGAUAUAGCCGCGCCCUACGGCCAUGGAGAAGAGCAGGAAGGAAGGGUUAAUAUUUCAGGGGGAGGUGGGAUUCCCAAAGCCCUAAUCUGUCAGCACCUCUCUCUCUCUCUCUCUCCCCCGAUCGGGGUGGGUGUCUUCGGACCCUUUGCUCUGGCCAGGCGCCUGGGUGGGUUUACUUUGGAUUGU